AUGUUGAAUGCCGUCAGUCAAUUUGCCACUGGGAAACACGUUAAUCAGUUCGUUGGAUUUUAUUUCCCGCUGUUCUUUUUGCCACAAACUGAAAGUUCUCAAGCAGAGGAAGCCAUUCGCUCGGCUCGUCGUCCACGUGUCCCGUGCACGCGGACACGCAUGCACGGCCUGCCGCCACCGCCGCAGCUGUCGAUAUUUGCCCACGGGCAAGCGCGUGUGCGGAGGUCCUUAGAAGUACGGGAACACGAGUUCUUCAAGGGCAUCGACUGGCAGCUGGUGUACCUUCGCAAGUACCCUCCUCCACUCGUGCCGCCAAGAGGCGAGGUCAACGCCGCCGACGCCUUCGACAUUGGCUCCUUCGACGAAGAGGACACAAAGUACAUCAAACUAACUGAGAGUGACUUGGAGCCGUACCGCAAUUUCCCUUUGGUGGUGUCCGAGCGCUGGCAACUAGAAAUUGCCGAAACAGUCUUCGACGUAGUCAACCAGGAGACCGAUCGAAUCGAGAAUAAACGACGGACAAAGCAGCAACAGCAGCAACCACAACAACACUCCACCACCACUUCACAGAAAGGCACAAGCUCCUCAGGAUCAGAGUGUUCCGCUGGGGAGACGUCUAUCAGUGUGGACCCGCAUUCUAGCCAAUUAAAUUCCGAUUGCAUUGUGGAGGGCGAUGUAAUGAAACUAGUGGGCCCUUUUUUCCAGACAUGGCAGCGCAAAUUUCUCCAGCUUUUUCCAAAUCGCCUUGAGAUGUACAGCAAAUCGCGUGAUGGUGCGAUUGUCAAAAAGGGAGUUGAGCUCAUCUUUAUGUUCGACAUUCGAGAGAUAUCACCACAUUUUCAACGAAUGUAUAAGAUGGACAACUGUUUUACCAUAACCCUGAAGAACGACUCAAAGAUCGUAAUAACGUCUCCUGACAAAAUUCUGAUAACCCAGUGGAAGGAGGAGAUCGAGGAAGCCUUCCAAAUCUCCAAUGAGCUCAUAUCGAACCUCAACAAAAAAGCGCACAAAAUGUACGGCGCUGACUCCCCCCAGGCACCGUCUUCUCCGGUCGCAAUGACGCCCCGAAGCCUCAGCAAAACUGCCUCUGACUCAACACCCUCACACAGUCUCGUGCGCCAGACAUCCAUACCCUCAGUGGGCCUGCAAAAGUCCCUCACCAAACUCUAUUCCCUUACCGGCGGCGGCGGUGGCAGUGGGAGUGGAAAUCCUGACAGGUCUCCCGUCAAAUCCAACGUGGAGCCAAUCCCUGAGACCGACACUGAGACGCAGGUCGUCCGCGAUUGUAGAAAAGGCGAUGCAUAA